UGAUGUCCAUCUUCAAUAAACUGAAAAACGCACGAGAAUUUAAGGCUUAUGAAGAUUUAGUCGAUCAAAACCACAUGGCUCUGGAAUUUUCUUCAUUUUCUGAUGGAAAAGAAGCUGUAACCAAAGCAGCUAACUUACUUUUUGUGAAGUAUUUGGAGUUGGCCAAAUCAGUUGGAGAUCAUGAAGAGAAAAUCUUUACAGAACCUAACAUGGAUGAGGCACUAAAAGCUAUUAGUUGUAGAGGGCCAGACCCUGACCUCCUAUUGGUUUACGGACCUGCAAGAUGCCACCUUGGUUUCCCUGCAUGGAGAAUUCGAUAUACUGAGAUUGUACAUAUGGGAGAAUUGAAGUCUAUGAGAUAUGGUUCCCUAAUUAAAGCCAUCUACGGGUUCACCACUGUGCGCCAGAACUAUGGUAAAUGAUAUAGCAAUUGGAAGUUCAUAGCUUGGAUAAAUGAUGGCUUCUACAGAGAGUUCUCA